UUUCCAGAGUUGCAAUAUUUCAAAGAUAAGCAAGUGCGGAAUAUGAUGUCUGAUAUUCUUUUUAUAUACGCGAAACAGCAUCCCGAUAUCAAAUUUCAGGGUAUGCAUGAAAUCCUUGCGCCUUUGAUUUUUGUACUGUAUUAUGAUCAACAAGCGUGCGCUCAUGUUAUGGAGCAGGGAGGACUCGAUGACAUUUUCACGCAGCUAAUGAUGAUGCUGGAACGCUGGUAUAUGGCUGGAGAUGAGGGAUUUCUAGGGCAUUCUGCUGGCGAUAUUUCACGAAGUGGUGAAAAAUUGAUAAACGUAGCACCUUUUGCCGGUGAAAUAAGCACAGAUCCGAUAAGUGAGCUUAUUGUUAAGCUUCAGAGUAUUAUGGAUGUCUUGGCUGUUGUUGAUCCUGCGCUGCAUAGGCAUCUUUUGGAUUUACAAAUUCUGCCACAAAUUUAUGGAAUGUAA